AGUGAAAUGCCGCAAGAAAGCUGGGAGAUUGGCGACUUGACCACUUCGUACAUCCAAAUGUGUUGUUAUUAUACACGUGAGUUCACUGCGUUGACAGAUAUCUAUAUAUUUCUCAGUCAUCAAAAUGUCCAUCUUUACUCCGACAAAUCAAAUACGGCUGACGAAUGUGGCAAUCGUGAGGAUGAAAAGGGGAGGACAACGAUUUGAAAUUGCCUGUUACAAAAAUAAAGUGGUGAGCUGGAGAUCUGGAGCGGAGAAAGAUCUGGAAGAGGUUCUGCAAACGCAUUCAGUUUUUGUCAACGUUUCCAAAGGGCAGUUCGCCAAGAAAGAUGACUUGAUCAAAUCGUUUGGAACAGAGGAUAUUACCGAAGUUUGUAAACAAAUUUUAGCCAAAGGGGAACUCCAGGUUUCUGACAAAGAAAGGCAUGGACAACUGGAGACCAUGUUCAGGGACAUAGCGACGAUCGUGGCAGAGAAAUGUGUCAACCCAGAGACCAAGAGGCCGUACACGGUCAGUAUGAUCGAGCGUGCCAUGAAGGACAUCCACUACUCUGUGAAGCCCUACAAGAGCACCAAACAACAGGCGCUGGAGGUCAUCAAACAGCUGAAGAAGUCAAUGGAGAUCCAGCGGGCCCACAUGAGGCUGCGGUUGGUCCUGCCGGCCAAGGAGGGCAAGAAGCUGAAGGAGAGGCUGAUGCAUCUCCUGAAGGUGGUCGAGAGCGAGGACUUUGACGAGCAGCUGGAGAUGGUGUGUCUGGUGGACCCCGGCUGCUUCAGGGAGAUCGACGAGCUGAUCCGCUGUGAGACCAAGGGCCGGGGCUCUCUGGAGGUCCUCAACCUGAAGGAUGUGGAGGAGGGAGAUGAGAAGCUGGAGUAACUCCACCCCUUAACCCUUCUACCCACGACCCUCCAACCCCGUUGCUACCUAACCCGAACCCACUUAACCCUUACCCCUCAACACUUCAGACCCCAACUCUUUGCCCUCAACUCUUAACCUUCUUUAACCCUUUGCCCGUAACCCAUCGACCCACAACCCCGUUAUCCUCCACCAUUUGCCCACUAACCCUAUCCCACUUUACCCGCAAACCUUAACCCUCAACCCUUUAGCAAUAAAAGUUAAACCCUAAAACCCCUUACCCUUAAUCCUCAACUCUCAAACUUCUCCAACCCCAAUUUACCCUAAACCUCUCACAUCUAACCCUUAAUUCCACUACUGAAGCCCCAUUGCCCUUAUCUCCAACCUCCAUCACCAUGGACCCUCUGUGCCUCCAUAUAUAUAUAUAUAUAUAUAUAUAUAUAUAUAUAUAUAUAUAUAUAUAUAUAUAUAUAUAUAACGAGCAUCCUGGUACACAGAGGGCAUACUCUCUAUAUCGCUAAUUUACACUAUUCCACUUUGAAUCCAUGAUGCCAUUCCUGUGUUCCAGCCACUGAAUAUUUAGAGAGUUUAUUCGGCUGCUCAUGGCUGUCUUGGUUUCUUGUGUGCAGUUUGAGCCUUCCAACGAGCGAUGUACUUGACUUUAGUUGGGGGGUUUCAUCCCACGUCUUAAGUCACAAUUUGAUUACAUUAUUGGCGUUUGGAUCAUAUUACAAGAAUAUUGUCCAUGCCUUUUUAUUUUACCACUUGUGAUCUAUAAUCAUUGCUUACUGUGUAAUUUGCUUCAUCCAAUAAUUUAUAUUUUGUCAUUAAAUAUAUAUUGAAAUAAA